AUGGCACUGUGUGUACCAGAGAAAAUGGCACUUGGAUUUCCCACUCAUUUCCUUCUCUCUUUUUCCCUGCAGGAGGAGAGUCUGCAAAGGCUGCGGGUGGAUGAAAUGAAGCGGAAGGAGAUCACCGAUCAUUUCCAGAGCACGCUGGUGGACAUUCAGAAUCAGAUCGAGCAGCACAGUAACCGCAACAACAAGCUGUGCCAAGAGAACAGUGAGCUGGCCAGCAAACUCAAGACCAUCAUAGAGCAGUAUGAGCGGAAGAGGCAGACUUUAGAGAAGAUCUUCAAACACAGAGAUCUACAGCAGAAGCUGUCUGAUGCCAAGCUGGAAGAAGCCAACAUGCUCCUCAGUCAAGCUGAAGAGAAGCACAAAAGGGAGAAGGAAUAUUUGCUUAAAGAGGCUAUUGAAAAAACAAAGAAAUGCUGCGCUAUGAAGGAGCAGGAGUUACAGAUGAAGAAACAGCUGGCGUUGUACUCCCAGAAGUUUGAUGAGUUCCAGAACACACUAGCAAAAAGCAACGAAAUUUACAUCACUUUCAAACAGGAGAUGGACAAGAUGACAAAGAAGAUGAAAAAGCUGGAAAAGGAGUCGGACAUAUGGAAGACACGGUUUGAAAGCUGCAAUAAAGCUCUUGUUGAAAUGAUUGAUGAGAGAUCAGAAAAGGCCAAAGAGUUUGAACUCUUCACUUUGAAAAUCGACCGUCUGGAGACUCUGUGCCGAGCACUGCAGGAUGAAAGAAAAAGUUUAUAUAGCAAGAUUAAAGAAAUACGGUCCUCAGAAAAGGCUCUAGCAGCUGCAGUGGAUUUGCCACAAGUAGAUGAGCUUCCAGAGCUUGUCCAACUUCCCAAGUUAGCUCCCAACCCCAUGUUGACCACAGAGAUGAAGAGGCUGCGAGAAGAGCAGAUUCGUCUGCAGGAGUUUGCAGCUUCCUUGGUAAGUUCCAUAACAGAUGAUGCUGGAGAAUCUGAUAGUGGGGAAGAGGAGACGGCACAAAAGAUUCCAGCAAUUCCUGAGGCUACCAAACAUGAGUCUACUGAACAAGAAUCAAUACAAGAUGAAUCCUGUACCACAGAAGAAAACAAAGCAGAGGUUGUUAGUGUAAACGAAGAGAAGUCAUUAGUACCCUCAAAUCCUGAACCCACCAAACCUGAGACAGAAUCCAAACUUUCUAAAGAGCCUCUACAACCAGAGAUCACUGAACAACAGACAGGAAUACAAGAUUCAGUCAAAGAGGAACCCAGCCAGGAAGAGGCGUCAAAAUCAGAAAAGACGGUUGAACAGAAAUCCCCUCAGCCAAAGCCUUUCAUGAAAGAAGAGUGUAAACUUGAAAGUGUUAUAUCUGAGCUACCUGAACCAGAGCUGCCCAAACAAGAGCCCCUCAAACAGGAACAGCCAAAACCUGUCACGAAAGAUGAGUGCAAAGAUGAAGCUGUUAAACCUGAUCUACUUGAACCAGAGUCACCCAAACAAGAGCCCCUCAAACAGGAGCAGCAAAAACCUUUCACGAAAGAAGAGUGCAAAGAUGAAGCUGUUAAACCUGAGCUACCUGAACCAGAACCAGAGCCGCCCAAACCAGAGCUCCUUAAACAGGAGCACCCAAAACCUGUCACGAAAGAUGAGUGCAAACUUGAAGCUGUUAAACCUGAGCUACGUGAACCAGAGUCGCCCAAACAAGAGCCCUUCAAACAGGAGCAACAAAAACCUGCCAUGAAAGAAGAGUGCAAAGAUGAAGCUGUUAAACCUGAGUUACCUGAACCACAGUCGCCAAAACAAGAGCCCCUCAAACAGGAGCAGCCAAAACCUGUAACGAAAGAAGAGUGCAAACUUGAAGAUGUUAAACCUGGGCUACCUGAACCAGAGUCGCCCAAACAAGAGCCCUUAAAACAGGAGCAGCAAAAACCUGCCAUGAAAGAAAAGUGCAAAGAUGAAGCUGUUAAACCUGAGCUACCUGAACCAGAGUCGCCCAAACAAGAGCCCUUCAAAGAGGAGCAGCCAAAGCCUUUCACGAAAGAAGAGUCCAAAGAUGAAGCUGUUAAACCUGAGCUACCUGAACCAGAACCAGAGCCACCCAAACAAGAGCCCCUCAAGCAGGAACAGCCAAAACCUGUCAUGAAAGAAGAGUGCAAACUAGAAGCUGUUAAACCUGAGCUACCUGAACCAGAGCUGCCUAAACAAGAGCCCUUCAAAGAGGAGCAUGUUGAGAACGCCGCAGCUGCAUCUGAUGAACCCAAAGCACAGGCAACAAAACCUAAAGCCUCAAAAUCCCAAGAGGCAAAAGCGAAGGCCGGCAAAGCCCAGCCUAAAAAACAAAGUUCAACCAAGAAGAAAGGCUCUGCAAAGGGUCCGAAUAAAAGCUAAGCCGAAAUGUAUUACCAAAGUAGUUUUUAUUAAUCAUCUCUAGAUUAGUUUGUUUGUGUAGAUAGACAAGUCUGGCUGUAGACAGGUUUAAUUCACACUGCACUGACAGUUACCAAUAAAGACAACAGACACGUUUGAAAGGUUUUGUCUGAUCAGUGUGUUACGCCUGUCAGCAUCUGUUGGUGUUGGUCUGUGCUUGUUUUUGGCAACAGAAUGUUGAAUCUGCAUUUAUCGAGUCUUGGAAAGUGUCAGAAGUGACGUAGGCCUACUGUACCAGUCUGCAUUGGUCUGUGUCUGUCUGUGCAGUUUGAAUUGGCCUUAUAAGUUAAUACAGAUGAUGACAGACUGGUCAUAGGACACGUUCCUUUAUGAAAGUUUACUAUGAAGAUGAAUAUUUAGAGAUGGGUGUGAUACUUUUUUCCGCUUGUAAUACUUUCUUAGUACCUUCAAAUAAACGUCUGUUCUUGACAAUCUUACAGGUAUAUGGUAAAUGUUCUCUUUCACAAAGACAUUUGAUUAUAUGACUAAUACAAUUUAAAUGCAAAGAUUUGUGUGAAAAAGGCAGCUAAACAAUUGGUUUUCAAAUGUUCUGGAUGGAGCUACUUAAGGUGUUUGUGAAGCUAUGAAAUUUACACCUCUUUCAAACUGGAGAUGGAAAAGGUUUGUCACACGUGGGAAAUGACGUAAAACUGUUUUAUUCCAGUAAAACAUUUUAAAAAGUUGAGAACUUCUUGGUGUAGUUAGAUGUAAAAGUUUUAAGUUAAAUUCAAAGCAUUGUGUGAACAAGGCAAAUUACAGCUAAAUACUAUUUACAAAAUAAUAAUUUUCAAGAAACUAGCUGCCAGGACGUUGCUAGGUGGUUGGUUUUUAGAACAUUGCAAUGCAGUUGAUAAAAUCCGGAUCAAUCAGUUUUGACCAAAAUAUCUCAAUUUUGUUUUGUUUAGAUUUUUGUCAUAAUUAAUAUUUUAUAUAUAUUAUUAUCAUUAUAUAUUAUUCUGAAAAUGUUUUUGUGCUGUUACCUUGGCUGGUUUAGGGCAGUAGGUGUUGCCAAGUCCCGGUCUUAAUGAGUGAUUAAUUGAAUCAUUCAUUCAAAUGAUUCAAUGGCUGAUAUAGUUGAAUUCAUUUCACGUUUAUUUGUAUAGCGCUUUUCAAAUUGCAAAGCAACUAGACAGAAAAUUUAAGUUUCUACUUUAUAUUUAGGAGUAGCUGAUCAGUAGUGACCGUGUCAAGAUGAUGUGAUUCAGGCAGAAAUAUACAGUAAAAAAUCAUGCAGUUAGUUAAUGGCAUGUAUUCAAACAAACGGUUAACACUAUUAACAGCAAUGAUUAUAUGUUGAGAUCAAACUUAUAGCAUGUGCUUGUUGUCUUCUAGCUGUCUUCCUUUGUGUUUCCACAGCAUGAAGGUAAUUAAGGUUUCAGGGCUCUGCCCUGGCAGCUUUGUCUAUGUUAUCUUUGUUUAAUGUCUAUUGGUUUGUCUUGUGUCUUCACACAUUGCUUUGCCUUUAUUUAUGCCUGCCAUGUGUUCCUGUGGUCCCACCUCCUUGUAUCCCUUGGUCAUGCCCUCUUGUUUAGGCCUUGGCUGCAUCCGACAACUUAGGCAGGUGACUUGCUGCCUCGCUGGUGUAUCAGGCAAUGACUUUGCAGACAGCGUUUUUGCACAAAGGCACCUCAUGAAACUUUUUGAUUUUGGACAAGCUUCUGAGGCAGAGUAAUGGUUUAAUGAUCGACAGCAAAAUAUAGAAAGCUUUGGUGACAACUAAGUGAAUAUUUCAUUACCGUAAUAUUAAUUUCUCGCUAGAAAUUACAUAAAAAGUGGAAAACGUUGAUCAAAAGCAUUUGGAUGUGCCUUGAUGCCUUCCUACCUUGGAAUGCGUCCUCCAAAGGCAGCAUUUCUCAGUUUUCGGAUGCAGCCCUUGUCUUGUCCUCGUUUCUGUAAUUGUGCUCACCUGGUCCUUGUGUACUUUCCUGUCUAUAUAUUGUGCUGUUUUUCCUCUAGUUGUUGCUAGUUCAUCUUGUGCCAGAGACACUUGCUGCUAGUCCAGUCUUGCCCUGUUACUGUGUAUCCUUUUUUUAGUUUUUGCUCUUGAUUUUUUAUUUUCUGAUUUUGGUUCAGCUCUUUAGUAAUCUUGUUUAUAUUUAAUUGUAUAUCAUAUUUAGUUAUUCAUCAGUGUUGUUUCUACUCUUUAACUAUUUAGAUUUUGUAUUUAUAUUUUUCAGUCUAAACUUGGAUAUUUCCGUAAAUAGAAAAAAGUAUUUUAUUUUUAUAGUUUUGCUUUUUUCAUCAAGUUGUUUCUCUGUGUGUUGUGCUGAGUAGUGUUGUUGUGUGGUCUUGAGUGGUGCCUUGUUGUGUGUUCCCUCCUGACCUGCUCUACCAGCCUGAGAUUCCCUGCCUGUUGGUUCCCCAAGGCGGCCUGCUAACCGAGCCUGGUGCUGAGAACCGUAUCUCUGACACUGCCUGCUUUGAGCUCCUUCGCUCUGCUUGCAUGCUCUGCUGUUCUCUGCUCUGGUUUUCUCCCCAUCAUUCCGCCCAGAUUUGACCAACGACUUUGACUGUACCCCAGACUCUCUACCUCUCAGGGCAUUGAUCUCUCCCUGCUGGUUGGACCUGUCCCAAGAUUGUCCACCCCUGUGCUGUGAACUUUUGUUUUCAAUAAAUCUUGUUUCACUC